GCCAGGUGGUAACGAACGGCUCUACUUGGCAGGGUGUUGGAAUAUUUACCCCACUAUCAGACAGAUCAGAGAACACCUGCUGCCAACUCGUGCCUCCAGAAUGGAUGAUGCAGUGAUCCAAGCAGCCGUAGAUAAAACCCAUCAUUCUGUGGUUGUGGUGCACCGUUUGUUGUGAAAGUGAGGGAAAGAGAGUGCGUCCUAAUGCUUUUUCAACAAUCAGCUUUAUCUGAUGAUUCUGUUUGAAGUGCAAAAGUGUCUACUGCUAGAGCUGUGAUCUGAAGCGAAGGAUCUAUUUUAAAGGACGUGUAACUUUUCGAUUACCUCGGCGAGCUCGAUGCGCUCGGUGAAAGGUGCAAAACAAAUAAGUGGAAGCCUGUGGAGGUGGUGGUUUAAUAAUAAUAAAAAAAUAAAAUAAAAAAAAACUCCAAGCAAUAAGCAACUCGAAGCAGUUCGCUGCACAAAAGUGUCCGGUGGUGAAGAGAGAUAGAGAGAGAAAAAAAAGAGCCCGGGAGGAAACUUUGACGACGCGAGUGUAAAUUUCGGUGAAUAAUGAGUGCGCAACCGGCGGCACUAAAUGCUUCUAAGCAGUGCCACCACGUUCGGUAAUAAAUAAAUUACGCUGCUGCAGGCUGUAAACUGGUUGCCGACGAAAAACUCCCAUACUGCCCCCAUAAGAACGGCACGACGGAACCGCCGCGUGGGGAGGCGAAGCAAUCGAAGCGCGUGAUCAAGGUUAGCUACCAUCUCUCUCUCUGGACAGUUAUUGUCAGAAUUACAUAAUGUGCAUCAAACGAGCGUGAGUGCCGACACCUUCGAAGCAUGACUGCAACCUAAAAACCACCGUGAAGAAGGAAAACUAACUCACACUCUAACAAAACCAGCCGUACGAUCGUCAAACUCGUCAUCGUCUCUGGAGGCAGAGAAAGAGCGAGAUUUGGGGCGAUAUAAGAAAACGCAACCACCCUCAAGAGAUGAUGGCGGACUUAAGUGGCUUUGUGGCUAAUUCCCACCACCUUGAGCGGACAAUCCACCACGUCACGCUAGUGCUGCUCCUGUCACUCACCCUCCUGCCCACCGCGAGCAGCUUCUGUCCGUCGCUGUGUACCUGCGAGAGUGAUCGCAAUCUGCGCACGUCCUGCAUUAACGCGUCGCUCGAGGUGGUACCGAUCCAGCUCAACCCGGACGUGCGGUACCUCAACCUGACCGCCAACCAGAUCACCAACGUACACUUCACGCUCGCCUUCUACUAUCAGCUCGAGUCGCUCGACCUCUCGCACAAUCGGCUCGAUACGCUCGGCUCGAAAAACUUCGAAUCGCAGGAAAAGCUGCUCGCCCUCAACCUCACCCACAAUGUGCUGCCGGCGCUGCUGAAGGACAGCUUCCGGGGGUUGCGCCGGCUCGAGCUGCUCCGGCUCGGCGACAACCAGCUGGAGCAGGUCCAUCCGACCGCGUUUCAGUCGCUGGUGUCGCUGCGCCGGCUCGAGCUGCCCAACAACCGGCUGGUAAGCUUCGAGGAGGGUGUGCUGCGGCCGCUGGUUUCGCUCGACACGCUACUGCUGGCCAACAAUCAGCUGCUGGAGGUACCGUACGGGGGCAAUCUGGAGUACCUGCGGUCGUUGCGCCAUCUCGAUCUGUCCGGCAAUCUGAUCGAGUUCGUCGCGAACGACAGCUUCGGUACGCUGCACCAGCUGCACACGCUCCGGCUGGCCGGCAACGUGCUGAUGGAGCUGGACUGGAGCGGUUUCAGCGGUUUGAGCGCGCUCCAGCUGCUCGACCUGGCCGACAACAAUCUAACGACCAUCCCGACGGUGCAGCUGGCGAAGCUGUACAACCUGACCACGCUGACGCUGAGCGGCAACUCGUUCGUGGAGCUGCCGCCGGUUGCCUUCCAAAAUCUGUUCCAGCUGCGUGAGCUGCAUCUGGACCGGCUGGAUCGAUUGGAGCACAUCGAUACGAGAGCCUUCAUAGACAACACACACCUGCAGGUACUGACACUCGACGACAAUCCCUCCUUUUCGACCCUCCCGGUACGGCUUUUCCACGGCAACCCGCACCUCAUCGACAUUUCCAUGCGACGGAACGCACUGCUCACACUGGACGCCGUGCAGUUCCCGCUCGAUCGGCUGCAGCGCCUGAAGCUGGCCGGCAAUCCGCUCGUGUGCAACUGCACCAUCCGCUGGCUGUGGCGGCUCGUCACCGGCACGCUCGACGACGACGACGGGGACGAUCCGGACGGUGUGGCUUUCCUCGGCAAAGCGCUGGCCGAUCACACCAACAUCACGACCGUGCUGCUGAUCGACAAGGACGAGAUUGGGUGCGAUCUGAACGAGGACGGGCUGGUAACGCGUCGCAUACUGCGCAACAUGUCCGAAGGCGACAUCAACUGCCCGGCCCAUCUCGUGACCGUGCUGAGCGUGCUGCUCAGCCUGCUACUGCUAGCGCUCGGUGCUGGCGCAGCAAUCGUCUAUCGGCGCAAAACUCGCGAGCGCAAAAAGAUUCUCCAGGAGCGCAAGAACGUGCACGAGCGCAUCGUGCCGCAGAAGGUGGAUAAGCUCGAGCUGGAGCGAUAUCUGGCGCAGCAGGUGCUCUCGAACGAUUAUCGCGAGCUGCGGCCGGCCUGUGAUCUGCCGGUACGGUACGACCUGAAGUAUCCGGACCAGACGGCCCACCAGCUUGCCGUGGCGCCCGACGUGGAUCCCGACUCGGACCAUUACGAGAACAUAGACUACCUCCAGCAUCAGCGGGCCCUGGGCAGCUCGACCGCCUCGAACGCUACCACCCAGUCGAUCAUUACCAAUCCCUUCCAUCAGCAGCCUCCGAGCCAGUACCACUUUCUGGCCCAGGGGCAACACCCGGCAGCUUAUCAGACGCACCAGCCACACCACCACCACCAUCACACUCACCACCCGACUCAUCAUCAUCCGCAUCCGCAUCAUCAGCAGCAGCAGCAAACGGCGGCAGCACCAGCGAUGACGAUGCAGCAUCCGCACAAGUACGCCCACCAUCCGCAUCACCAGCACGCCGGGGCGGACGGUGCUGCCAACAACAGCAACACCCUGCCAGUGCCUCCCGGGCAGCGCAGCCUUAACAACUACUCACCGAACUUCUUCAUCUACGUCCUCUACUCGCACUUCAUACUGCUGCUGCUGAUGUUAUGAUGAGGUGCAGGGCAUAGCGCUGCAGGGUGUAUGGUGCGAUAGGGCAGGCGCGUCGCGCGACGCCGCUCCUCUCGUGGCUGGCUGUCAAUGAAGCAAUUCAAUCAAACUCUCAAAACAAUCGAUCGAAACCGGUGCUGAAUGUGUGUUUAUGUACAGAAUGUGUGAAAAA